AUGUCUCCCGCCAUCGGGGAGUCAUCUGUUGUCAGCGCAACUGCCACGCGACCUGAACAUGAGAAGGGAGAAACACAAACACCAGAAGAAAUACCAGAAGAAACGUCAACAUCCCAAGAUGCGCAAGAUCCCGAUUCGAUAGCCCGCCGUCGCAAGCGCGCCACCACUUCUGCCGAGGAAAUCGAAAAUACAAUCAUCCACCCGGGUUCCGUCCGUAUCAAUGUUGAGGGUGCCUUCAUCGUUGACCCGGGCUCGUCUUCCCCGAGCCGCUCCUCCUCGAACGGCAGUGGAUGCGCUACAAGCGACAUCCGCUUGCCCAACCACCAUGCAGUCGUGAGCCACAUUGCCGUCGAUAUCGGAGGCUCGCUUAUCAAACUCGUCUACUUCUCCCGGGAAGCCCACUCCAGAGAACCAGGCGGUCGUCUCAACUUCAUCAACUUCGAGACCGACCACAUCGACGACUGUCUCGAAUUCAUGCGCCACAUCAAGGACAAGCAGCAGAGGCUCAACGGCUCCCAGCCCGGCGCCCUCUGCGUCAUGGCUACCGGCGGCGGCGCCUACAAGUUCUACGACAAGAUCCGCGACGUCCUCGGCGUCGACGUCAUCCGCGAGGACGAAAUGGAGUGCCUCAUCAUCGGCCUCGACUUCUUCAUCACCGAGAUCCCCCGCGAGGUCUUCACCUACAGCGAGACCGACCCCAUGCACUUCGAGUCCCCCUCCGACGACAUCUACCCGUACCUCCUCGUCAACAUCGGCUCCGGCGUCUCCAUGCUCAAGGUCUCCGGGCCCCGCCAGUUCGACCGCGUCGGCGGCACCUCCCUCGGCGGCGGCACCCUCUGGGGCCUCCUCUCCCUCCUCACCGGCGCCCGCUCCUUCGACGAGAUGCUCGACGCCGCCGAGCGCGGCGACAACACCAAGGUCGACAUGCUCGUCGGCGACAUCUACGGCACCGACUACGGCAAGAUCGGCCUCAAGAGCACCACCAUCGCCUCCUCUUUCGGCAAGGUCUUUCGCAUGAAGCGCGAGGCCGAGUCGGCCGCCGAGGACAACGGCGGCCUGCGCAAUACCGACGACCAGCACCGCCGCGAGCGCGAGCGAGAGCAAGAGCAGAAGCAAAAUCAUCAUCCUCACCACCACCACCACCACCCCCUACACCGACAACACCACGACAACCCCGACCAAAACGGCGAAAUCAGCGCCGAAGGAAACCUCACCGUGCCAUCACCGCCGGAAACAGACCCCGCCGCCACCGCCUCCUCCUCCUGCGACGGCGGAGAAGAACCCCCCUUCACUGCCGCCGACAUCUCCCGCUCCCUCCUCUACGCCAUCUCCAACAACAUCGGCCAGAUCGCCUUCCUCCAAUCCCAGAUCCACAACCUCUCCCACAUCUACUUCGGCGGCUCCUUCAUCCGCGGCCACCGCCAGACCAUCAACACCCUCUCCUACGCCAUCAAGUUCUGGUCCCAGGGCCGCAAGCAGGCCUACUUCCUCCGCCACGAGGGCUACCUGGGCUCCGUCGGCGCCUUCCUCAAGCGCCAGCCCCGCAACUGGGGCCGCCGCGGCAGCUUCGAGGCCGCUGCUUCCGUGCCCCGGCCCGAGGGCGGCGCGCUCUCGGGGCUCGAGGCCAGGCUCCGCCAGAGGGCCGAGGGGGGCAAGUCGGCCUCGUCGCCGUCGCCGUCGCCGUCGUCGUCGUCGUACCCUCAUGACCACAAUCCGGAGAUGCAGAGCCUCGUUGAGGAUUACGCUGAGGAUUCGGGGACGGGCAUGUGA